CCAUUCUUCUCAGAACCACACUCAGCCAAGAGAGCUACUAGUAGCCGGGAGUGUAGUGAGAGUAGAGUGAGCGAGAAUGGGUGGCAAAGCCGCUCUCCUGGUGGCCCUCCUGGCCGUGAGCCUGGUCCUCGAGGCCCAGGCGGGCAGCGGCUACGGCGGCGGCCACGCCCCCACCCCGACGCCGGUCGCCCCACCCCCCAAGCACGAGAAGCCACCCAAGGGCCACAAGCCCCCUCACCACCACCACCACGCCAAGCCACCGGCCGCCUCCCACGGGCCGCCAACGCACGCUCCGGCGCCACCCACCUACAGUCCCCCGACGCCUAAACCUACCCCUCCGGCCCCCAAACCUACACCACCCACGUACGCCCCGAUCCCGAAGCCGCCGAAGCCAUCUCCCUCGCCUCCGGCGUACCACCCCACGCCCAAGCCUGCGCCUCCCACGUAUAAACCACCAACCCAGCCUAAGCCCUCACCGCCGGCGUACAAGCCUGCCCCCAAGGUCUCACCACCAGCGUACAAGCCCGCCCCCAAGGUUUCACCGCCGGCUUACAAGCCAGCCCCCAAGGUCUCCCCGCCGGCGUACAAGCCCGCCCCCAAGGUCUCACCGCCGGCGUACAAGCCCGCCCCCAAGGUCUCACCGCCGGCGUACAAGCCCGCCCCCAAGGUCUCACCGCCGGCGUACAAGCCAGCCCCCAAGGUCUCACCGCCGGCGUACAAGCCAGCCCCCAAGGUCUCACCGCCGGCGUACAAGCCAGCCCCCAAGGUCUCACCGCCGGCGUACAAGCCAGCCCCCAAGGUCUCACCGCCGGCGCACAAGCCUGUCCCCAAGGUCUCACCGCCGGCGUACAAGCCUGUCCCCAAGCCCUCACCGCCGACGUCGCCGACUCCGCCGGCGCCGAAGCCGACUCCACCGCCCUACAAGCCGCCGACGCCUACUCCUCCGGCGUACAAGCCCCCCACCCCGAGCCCCCCGCCUCCGCCGUACCACCACUAAGAAGAUCCACCACUCUGUGAAGUUGGGAGCCCAGGAUGCGGUCGAGAAGAGUUGUGCGAGCAGGCCAAGAAGAGCCACGUACGGCGUCGUUGAUCCUCCUCCGGUGUGUGUUGCUGCCGAACUAGGGCCGAUCUCUGAGGAGAUGGAAUAAUGCAGAUGGCUCCCAUUAGUUAUCUUACCAGCUUAUCAUUUGUGUUCGUCCAGUCUUAGCGUCUGUGUUGCUAGCGUGGCAAUGUGCCAGUGUCACUGUAAAACCAUUAAUCACUAUGGAAAUGGAAGUAAAAGGUGUUGUUUUCCGUUGCA